AUGAAUCUUCUACUUCUUUUAGCAGGCCUAGUGCUUCAAAUAGCCACCAAGCAAGCCUACGCUCUCAACACGACCUAUAACAACCCCAUUCUUCCUGGGUGGCAUUCCGAUCCAAGCUGCACGUUUGUAUCAGAAUGGAACAACACCUUCUUCUGUACCACGUCUUCGUUUCUGGCCUUUCCGGGGUGUCCCGUGUUCGCAAGCACAGACCUGGUUCACUGGGAUCUAAUCAGCAAUGCCCUCAGUCGGCCAGCACAGCUUCCACAGAUCCAAACCUCGACCAAUGCCCAGACGCUGGGUAUUUUUGCUUCCACGCUGCGCUUCCGUGAUGGAACUUUCUACUUGAUCACCGCGUGGUUAGAUACAGACAACGAUGGCGUUCAGAUAGUUCUCUUCACGACCACGAAUCCAUACGAUGAGAAUUCAUGGACGAACGCCUUCCAGAUCCAGAAUCCUUUGAGCGCUAUCGAUCCGGAUAUCUUCUGGGAUGACGAUGGCAACGUCAUCAUGGCAUAUUCCGGUUCUCCCAUCAAAGCAUCCUACAUUGACCUGGCCACUGGUAACGCGGGUGAACCGUUUGAUCUGUGGAAUGGAACUGGCUACAACUAUCAAGAGGGUCCUCACCUAUACAAGAAGGAUGGGUAUUAUUAUCUUCUCAUUGCCGAGGGAGGCACGGAACUACACCAUUCCUCUACGAUUGCGCGCUCAAAGAGUAUCAAAGGUCCUUGGGAAAGCUCGCCGCACAAUCCCUUAGCCUCAGCCAGAUAUACGGAUCGCUACUUCCAGACCGUCGGCCAUUCAGACCUUUUCCAAGACGCUGCAGGCAAUUGGUGGGGAGUUGCACUGGCGACUCGAGCAGGACCCGUGCUAUAUAAUGAGACUAUCUACCCUAUGGGUCGAGAGUCGGUGCUAUAUCCAGUGAGUUGGCCGAAGGGAGAUUGGCCAGUGGCUGAUCCAGUCAUGGGUGAAAUGAGUGGUCCUCUACCACCAAAAUCUUCUAAAAAAUCAUCCGUACCCACAUUCAUGGGAGAACCAGAUAUCGUGGACUUUGUGCCGGGCUCCUCAAUUCCCAAGCACUGGGUCUUUUGGAGGGCACCAGCUAAGCCGGAAUCAUUCACAAUCUCUCCUCCGGGUCAUCCCAAUACCCUCCGUCUGACAGCAUCCAAAGCCAAUCUCACUGGAGACGCAUCUUUCAAGGCUCUAGAUGGCUUGACUCUCCUGGCCCGCCGCCAGACAAACACCCUCUUCGAGUUCUCCGUGGAUGUGCAUCCGGGUUUCUACAAAACUCAAGGAGACGAGAUCGGCGUAACAGCCUUCCUACAUCAAGAUCACCAUAUCGACCUAGGAAUCGUUUUCAUGGGAGGAUCUCCACACUCCAAAGGAACCUUGAGCUUCCGCUGCCGAGCCACUGACUCGGAUGCUACCAAUUUCACCGUCCCAUCUCCGGUAGUGACGCCCGUUCCCUCGUCGUGGUUAUCAGAGACCAUUCGUUUGUAUAUCCGGGCUGAGAAUAGUACUCACUAUCAAUUAUCGGCCGCACCGGCUGCUUGGCCUCAUGACUCAAGGCUUUUGGCAACAUUUACUGGGGCACUCAUUAGUGGACCUGAUGUUUUCACUGGCAAUCUACUCGGUGUUUAUGCUACCACUAACGGUGGGAAUCAGACUAUGCAAGGGUAUGUCAGUAGAUGGAGGUAUACCCCUGUUGCUCAGCAGAUUGACUACGAUGAUUUUGUACGGAGCCGGGGGCUCUGA